AUGGUCACUGAAUUGAUAGCACGCCUUGCAAUUUUGGGUGUUUUAAUAAACAUCCCUGCAUCACAUCAGGAUUUUGUGUCCAGCUGUCCGUGUUAUGGGUGCCGUCCAUCCGGAACAUUUUCUUUCAGCUUGAGUCCGCCUACCAAUGCUUCUGUCGCCUGGACAUCUCAGUUUUUCAUUGGUCCAGUACCUAACGCUCUUGGUUGUGUUGGAAAUGCUAACAACAUUAUUUGUCAAUCAAAUGGGCCCCGUGAGGUGGGAUACCUCAGUCUUGACGUGGCUACCGGAAACCUUAUGUGGAGAGAUGGCAUUUUAAGAUUCCCGGUACUUCCGGUGAUGGAUGUUUAUGGUGACGUCAUUGGAUCAGAUGGGCAUAGUCUGGUGCUGUAUAUGGAUGAUGGGACGUUGAAGCCAGUUAUACGAAUGAGUGACUGGGUGUAUCCUAUAUUCAGUUUAUCAAUAACAGAAGACGAUAUCUUCAUGUUUGUUUCUAAGAACGGAUACGUCAUCAGCUAUUUUCCUGAUGGUGUUUGCCAUGCCAGUAUACCACUUCCGGGUGAACUUGAGCGGGUCAAUGGAACAUUCCACCCCAUUUCCACCCCUGUGAUAUCAGGUCGUCGGGCGUAUGUGCUAACACAGUUUAUUCCAGAAGGAAGCAAGGAACCAGGAAAUCUAGGUAUGCGUCGUCUAUAUGCGAUCGAUGUGAUUCCAAGAAUGGUAGAUAGGCUACAUAUAUCUUGGGUGAUCAACUUUGAAAUGGAAAUACCAAAGAAAACCAUGAAACGAGGAAAUGUGGUUUUCUUCGAUCAAGAAGAGGAAGAGAAAUUAAGUGAUACAGAGAAGGUUCCGCCUCGUGUCAUGGUGAACUCGGAUACGGACACUGUUUAUGUCAGUCUUCCAGCACCAUCCGGUACCGGUAGUACCAAAUUCUGGGCUAUUCGGGACAACCAAACUUCUAAUAUACCAGAAAUUCUGUUUAAGACAGAAUAUUCUCUGUCAUCCAUGGCAACCUACGAAAAAGGUAGCGAUAAUCAACACACGGUAAACAAGAGAAAAGACGGACUAUGGGAGAAAUUUGGUCCACUGCGGGAUAACACUCUGAGAAGUGAAAGAGAAAGAGAGAAACCCUCAUCAGUGUGGGCAGUUCACAACAAUAAAGAAAUCAUACUCGAAAUUUCGCCGUUUUCAGGAAGUAUCAUAAAAAGCAUUAACAUUUCUCAGGUUUUGAAAUCAAAAGCGAUGGUAACAUCUGAUAUCAUGGUUACGAGGUCCAACGUGAAUGAUGCAGACCAUUUAGUUUUUACUGCUACUCUAGUUAAUGGGCCGUCUGUUGCUUUUUCUGAUCUAUGUAAAUCGCUAGGAAUCAGCAAGUCAGAAAACAAAAAUUACGUUAUUCAAAUGGAAGAAGACGUAUUAAGUUGGGCAAUACCGACAGCCAAAGAUCUUCCAGGAAUUGGACAAAUAGCAGGAAUCAAAACGCAUGACGAUUCUAAUGACUUACGAGAUAUGUAUGUUGUUUUUGCCGGUGAUAAUGAAAGUUCAGUUGUUUUUGGCGUCCACUAA